UUUUGCAGUUAGAAAAGUUUGUUAACUUUUUUGUCCAUGAAAGAAAGCACUCCUAAAUAACUAUCAAUGUAUUUUAAUAAAUUGUGCAAAAUAAUCUGGUUAAUAAAAAUAUAUCUACAUAUUUAAUAAGAUAUUUUGGAUUCGAAUUAAGAGAAUAAAACUAUCAUUCAUAUACAUACAACAUUAACAGUGCACUCCUCUUCUCGCCUUUCUGAAUGAGUGAUUUCCAAAACGAAUACCAAACACCAAAAAUAUUACUACUAACUAAUUACUCCUAAAUUAUUUAAUUUACAGAAAUUAAACUUUUAAAAAUAGUACCUCAUUAAGUCCUUUCCUUGAAAUUUCAAAACUUUAAGUUCCCCAUUCAGUAAUUUUCCUAUUUUCUUUCUGUACACGUAUAUCCAUUUACGUACAAAAGCAAAAAAAACUGACCACCUUUCCAUAUAUAUUCACCUUACACUUCCCAUAGAGCAAAAAAAACUUCAUAUUAUCUCACCAUUUUCCUCUCAUUUUCUUCUCAAAAAGCAAAGAAAAAAUGGCAGUGAAGAUAACAAAGGCAGAGAAAAAAGUUAACUAUGACAAGAAGUUGUGUAAGCUUUUGGAUACAUAUCAACAGAUCCUUAUUGUAGGUGCAGAUAAUGUGGGUUCUAAUCAGCUACAGAUGAUCCGUAAAGGUUUACGUGGCGACUCCGUUGUUUUGAUGGGUAAAAAUACUAUGAUGAAGAGAUCUAUAAGGAUUCAUGCUGAGAAAACUGGAAAUAAUGCCAUUCUCGCACUCGUUGAAUGCCUUGUGGGUAACGUGGGAUUGAUCUUCACCAAAGGAGAUUUGAAAGAAGUCAGUGAUGAAGUUUCCAAGUACAAGGUUGGAGCACCUGCUCGCGUUGGCCUAAUUGCUCCAAUUGAUGUGGUUGUUCCUCCUGGAAACACUGGACUUGAUCCUUCCCAGACCAGUUUCUUUCAGGUACUAAAUAUCCCAACAAAGAUCAACAGAGGCACAGUUGAAAUCAUCACUCCUGUGGAGAUUAUUAAAAAAGGCGAAAAAGUGGGAUCAUCUGAGUCUGCCCUUCUGUCUAAGUUGCUCAUUAAGCCAUUCUCUUAUGGCCUGAUAGUCCAGUCUGUCUAUGACAAUGGCUCAGUUUUCAGUCCUGAAGUUCUCGAACUGACAGAUGAUGAUCUUGUCGCUAGGUUUGCUGCUGGACUGACAAAUGUUGUUGGUCUCUCCAUGAUUCUUGAUUAUCCUACUCUUGCUGCUAUUCCUCACAUGUUCAUCAACGCGUACAAGAAUGUUCUGUCAUUUGCCAUAGCAACAGAAUACUCAUACCCACAGGCUGAAAAAGUGAAAGAGUACUUGAAGGACCCAAGCAAGUUUGCUGCUAGUGCUGCUCCUGUUGCAGCUGCUCCUGCUGCUAGUGCUAAAGCAGCUCCUGCAAAGGCGGAAAAGGAAGAGCCUGAAGAGGAUGAGGAUGACUUUGUUGGUGGAUUGUUUGAUUGAGUUGUUUAAGCAUCAGCCUGUUGGAUUGUUAUCUAUCAGGUCCUAAGAUUUGGUACUAGCUAUGAUGAAUGCUAUUUUUGGGUUUCUAUUAGGAUACUUAUGAACAAUUUCCAUUUGGUUCGCUAUCUUUCAGCUGUUUCAUGCUCUGAAGUAUUAGAUCCUUCUGUUUCAGUGGAGUUCUGACUUUCAAUUUGAGCUAUCCCUUGGGCAUUUUGCUCGUCUCA